AUAAAAUAUACAUACAACUAUACAAGUAGGUAAUACUAGUAUCCAAUAAUUGUGUGAAGUUUCUUAUUUUGAAAAUUUAGAAACCUAAUUUAAUAAACCAAAAACACAUUUGAGAACACCACUAUAACCUCAGUUGAUAACCAGCAAAGCAGAAAGAUGGACCUUAAUCCUUUAUUCUUCUCGUGAUACACUCUUCUUUUACUUUCUCUCACCUCACUUUUCACUCAUUUUCUCUCACAUGGGUUUGUGUUUUGUUCUUCAUCGGAGCAAACCCAAACAACCAAUCACCUGAAACCAACCAUUAACAACCAUUUCUCUCUCUCCUCUCCUCAAAUCCCACCAAAAUGAGGCUGAGCUUGUCACCAAUGCUGAUACUACCAGUAUUACUGUUAAUCUUCUCGAUUGAACGAUCCGAUUCCGAGCCAACCCAGGACAAGCAAGCUCUCCAAGCAUUCUUCUCUAAGGUACCUCACGCUUCGCGGGUUGAUUGGAACUCAUCUGACUCGGUCUGUAACUGGGUUGGUGUUCAGUGUAAUCCGGCUAAAACCCAUGUUCACUCGCUCCGUCUUCCGGCCGCCGGAUUAGUGGGUCCAAUUCCCGAGAACACCAUCGGACGGUUGUCUGAGCUUCGUGUUCUCAGCAUUCACAACAAUCGUCUUACCGGAAAUCUUCCCUCCGAUUUCUCUAACCUUACUUUUCUUCGCGCGCUUUAUGUCGGAAGAAAUCAAUUUUCCGGCGAGUUUCCGGCGAGUUUGACUCAGUUGAAUCGGUUGACUCGUCUUGACUUGUCUAGCAAUAAUUUCUCCGGUUCAAUCCCGUUUUCUAUCAACAAUCUUACUUCCUUAAAUGGGUUGUUUUUGGAGAAUAACAAUUUUUCUGGUCAAAUUCCGAGUAUUAAUGCUAAAUUGAUCGAUUUCAAUGUUUCGAACAAUAAUUUAAAUGGGUCUAUUCCAAAGAGUCUCUCGAAGUUUCCAGAAGCUUCGUUUUCCGGGAAUUUACAGCUUUGUGGUGGCCCACUUCAGCCGUGUAACUCGUCGUUCUUCCCGUCGCCGUCACCGUCGCCGGAAGCGGUGGUGCCGUCAACUCCUGCGGAAGUUGGUGGUAAGAAGAAGUUAUCAAAGGGAGCAAUAAUUGGUAUUGCAGUGGCAGCUGCAGUAGCUUUUCUGUUACUAUUGUUGUGUCUUGUUUUCUGUUGUUUGAGGAGGAGGAAGAGUGGGUCCUCCAAGGCUGCUGCACUAAAAGGGCCCGCCGCGGGAGUCGCGGGGGCCAGGGCGGUGGGGAUUGGAGGAGGAGGAGGCGGGGCCGGGGAGGCUGGGACGUCGUCCUCCAAGGACGACCUCACCAGCGGCACCGGCCCCGAGGGCGGGGAGAGAAACAGGCUAGUGUUCGUCAACGGCGGCGCCUACAGCUUCGAUCUCGAGGAUCUGCUGCGGGCGUCUGCCGAGGUUCUCGGAAAAGGCAGUGUCGGGACGAGCUACAAGGCGGUGCUGGAAGAAGGGACGACGGUUGUCGUAAAGAGGCUGAAGGAUGUGGUGGCCGGAAAGAAGGAAUUCGAGACACAAAUGGAGGCAUUAGGAAAGUGUAAGCAUGAAAAUGUGGUGCCACUAAGAGCAUUCUACUUCUCUAAAGAUGAGAAGUUGCUAGUGUAUGAUUACAUGGCCGCCGGUAGCUUGUCUGCUCUGUUGCACGGUAGCAGAGGUGCAGGCCGCACAUCACUAGACUGGGAUAACCGAAUGAAGAUAGCCCUUGGCACUGCUCGAGGUCUUGCUUACCUUCACGUAACAAACAACCUCGUUCAUGGUAAUAUUAAAUCAUCCAACGUCCUAUUGCACCCCAACAAUGACCCUGCUGUAUCGGAUUAUGGCCUCUCUAAUAUCUUCUCCACCAAUACUUCCUCCACCAAUAAUCGCAUUGCUGGAUACCGAGCUCCAGAAGUUGUAGAAACUCGAAAACCAACAUACAAAUCCGAUGUGUACAGCUAUGGUGUCCUCCUUUUGGAACUUCUUACAGGGAAAUCCCCAAACCAAGCUUCAUUAGGAGACGAUGGGAUUGAUCUUCCUAGGUGGGUACAGUCAGUUGUCCGUGAAGAAUGGACAGCCGAGGUCUUUGAUGUUGAGCUUAUGAGAUAUCACAAUAUUGAAGAGGAAAUGGUACAACUCUUGCAAAUAGCAAUGGCAUGUGUGUCAACCGUGCCUGAUCAACGACCCUCAAUGCCCGAGGCUCUCCGGAUGAUUGAAGAUAUGAACCGGAGUGAAAGUAACACUGAUGAUGGUAUCCGACAGUCCUCAGAUGACCCUUCUAAAGGAUCUGAUGGGCAUACCCCUCCUAUGGAGUCUCGGACACCCCCUUCUUCUGUUACUCCUUGAGCAAAUAAAAGGCACAAAAUUUCAUCUCAUUGAUCAAUUAUUUUACAGAAAUUCCAACAAAAAUUGCGCACAACGCGUAAUUAAGUGUAUAAAUCACGCAGAAAAUUGUGGAGAUGAGGCUAGAUUGAGGGAAACAGACCAUUUAGGUUUUUUUUUUUUUUUUUUUUUUUUAAAUUUUUUUUAUUAAAUAUAUUUUUGAGAGGUUUUUUUUUUUUAAUUCUCCUAAGAGAUUGGGGUCACUAUUACAUGUGUGAAAUGGUUUUUGAGAGAGACAAGAAAAUGGUGGGAUUUUAUGGUUUGUUUUUAUGUAAAGGGUAAAAGGGGUUUGGGAUUCCAUAAACUUAUUGGAAUUUGGCUUUUGACCAUUUUAUUAUAAGUUGGUGGAUGUACUCUGAUUGGGAGGGAUAUCAUUUUCUCUUUUUUUUUUUUGGUUAAUUUUUCAACUUUGUUUAUUUAAUUCUUUUUUCAAUUAAAUAGCACUAUUAUCCUCAGAAUAUUUGUCUUUGAUCUAUA